CCGUGCUCUUUCCAAUUCGCAGCUACUACCGCACCGAUACAUACAUGGGCCGGCGCGAUCCAAUUACUCGACGAGAGUAAGAGUUGUCGCCUUCGAAAAAUAUGCCAUUGUAAAGUUAUCGGUAUCGAUUCAAUGUCUGUCCAUCACGAAUUUCUCCUCGUGCACAUCAGACAUCCAUCGGGGAGAGAGGCGAUCGGACGCGUAGAGAGAGAGACCCGAUUGCCGCCGUCUGUUCCAGUAUUACCGCUCAGUAUCAGUAACCUCCACAGCGAGACAUCAAAUCCGAUCGAUAAUGACCACGACAGAAUCAGCUUGUCGUACGACGGCACUUUGGAAUCUCUCACGCAGCGUCUCGACUACGCCCAACUCUACACACUGACGUAUUCGAAACCAUCCGAGGCACCGUCCGCCGCACAUCUCGCUGCCCUUCUUAUCACUAUAAGUACACAUGGAGGGCCCACGUCCACUAUCGGGUCUACAGCAGAACACACGAACGCGUGGUUCGCCUACAGCGUCAUAGAAGUUCUGAGGGAGAUAUUUAGUGGAAAGGGAAAGGCGAGUAAGAAAUGGGUCAGAGUGCCCUACGGUGGGAUGAGGGUAGACCCUCCAGAUAGAGUCGACGUCCUGGUGUGCAAAUAUACAAGCACAUGGGAAGACUUUUCAAGAAAGAUGGGGAGCACCUCGCAACGCUUGCAACACGACUCCGAAGAUGUAGCGGCCCACCGUCAGCAGGCGAAAGUAGAUAAAAAGGCAGAGAUAGAUGCGUUUGCAGACAUGCUAAGGACGAUGGGAUCGUAG